AACCGCUUAUUACACCAGCCUCCACAUUCCUCACUUAAACCUCCUUCGCCAAAACCACACCGCCGCUUUUAGUAAGGAAGGAAGCUCGCGGAGGACAUAUCGCAACGCUUCUUUCCAAGCGGACCUUUGAGGACAACAGGAAGUUAGUUUACCCUGCGGAGAUGGACUUCCUGUCAGGUGGGGACCGGCUACGCUCGGACAGCGUGGCAAGCAGCGCGUCCACGUCAUCGUCGUCGUCCAGAAUGCUUCUCCGCCAGAGGCUGGCUCAACUUCUGAGCCGCAUCGAUGACAUGAGCUCAGAGGAUGAGGCCAGUGAGGAGAUGUCGCGCACGCUGGAUGAUGCCUUUCAGCUAUGCUCACGCUUCGCACCGCCCACCCACACCUUCAGGCUACACAUGGUGACAUGGAACGUGGCCACAGCAGAGCCUCCUGAUGACGUUACUUCGCUGCUGCAGCUCGACAUCCAACCGCCCACUGAUAUCUACGUGAUUGGGCUGCAGGAAGUAUGCGCCACGCCCGUCCGGUUCAUUUCGGACUUGAUCGUCGAGGACUCGUGGAGUCACGUCUUCAUGGAUACCCUGGCGCCACGAAGCUUCGUCAAGGUGACGUCAGUGAGGAUGCAGGGUUUGCUGCUGUUGGUGUUCGCCAAACAGUCGCACCUGCCUUACAUCCGAGACAUCCGCAGCACAUACACCCGCACUGGGAUUUUCGGAUACUGGGGUAACAAAGGGGCGGUGUCGAUGCGAUUCUCCUUCUACGGCCACAAGGUGUGCUUUGUCAACUGUCACCUGGCCGCGCACAUGGGCAACGCCCUGCAGCGUGUCGACGAGUUCGAGCACAUCCUGGAAACACAGGAGUUUGACACGGCAGACGCCCGCCGAGUGCUGGACCACAAGCUGGUGUUCUGGUUUGGAGACUUGAACUUCCGCAUCGCCGACCACGGCCUGCACUUCCUGCGCUCGUCCAUCAACAGUGGACGUCUUAACCUGCUGUGGAGCAAGGACCAGCUGCUCACCAUGAAGAAGAAGGAGGCCUUUCUGCAGGAGUUUGAGGAGGGACCCUUGGAUUUCAAACCCACCUACAAGUUCAGCCGAAACUCUGAUGCUUACGACUUGGGCGGCAAGAAGAGGAAGCCGGCCUGGACUGACCGCAUCCUGUGGCGAGUCAAGCCCAAAAACUCUGCAUCAGAAGACGACGACAAUGACAAGACGUCGGCUGCCAUGGACGACAGCCUGGAUGAGUACCCCCUGGUGGUCAACCAGGAUAAAUACACCAGCGACAUGAGCUAUGGAGUUAGCGACCAUAAGCCUGUCAUAGCCAUCUUCAGUCUGGAGCUGAGGAAACACUUUGACACUCCGCUGGUUCACGUGUCCCCUGAGGGCGUCUGGAGCGCUGACCAGGACGCUCUCCUCAACUAUACUGUGCAGCAAGACUUCCUGUCUUCCACGUGGGACUGGAUCGGCCUCUACAAGGUCGGCUUUAAGAGCUCGAGCGAUUACGAGACUUUUGUGUGGGUUCGAGAGGACGAGCUGCCAGAGAUUGACGAAGCCAUUCAGAUCUCCGUGGAUAAGGACGACAUCCCUCUGCUGGGCGGACAGUACGUACUGGGCUACUACAGCACCAACAUGCAGAACAUCAUCGGCCUCAGCGCCAACUUCCAGAUCUUAGAGUCAAAACGUGCCGUCAUGGAGGGUCUCGUGCCGGACAACAUCAGCAGGCUCACCAAAUAAAAAUAAGAAACUCUUGUGUCUUAUUAGCCUCAAACUUGAUCCGAGAUCAAAGCACUGUAACGUCAAGAAGUCUCAUCAUGUGAUUUUCAGACGAAAUCUAAAAAAGCCAAUAAAAAAAUGAAAAGAUAAUGACAAGUCAGUAUAGUCCAGUGGAAAGGCUUGUUCACAUUUAGCUAUCCACGUUAAUUCAGAAGGAUGUAAUAACUGAGAUAGUAAUAUGUUAUUUGGACUUAAUGGUACAUUCUUAGCACGGAAUGAUGGAGAACAGUGAUUGUAUUCUGAAUUAAUUCUCUUCAUAUUACUUUUCAAUAUGAAUCAAAUUAAUUAUGCCUAUUUGUGGACAUGUUUUAGUCAAAUUGUGUGGCUGAUGACAUUCUGACGUUGUAUUUACUUUGUCAAUUUAUGUGACGGUAAAAGUGCUGGAAAUCACUUACACAUGUGCAUAAUUAAAGCAGAAACUGGGCAACUGACUAAUAUGAAAAUUAUGUUUGUUUAUUUUACAUUCCACAUGUUAAUAAAGUCUGGCCUCAUAAGCAAUUGAAGGCAAUUUGGA